CAUUUCUGUUCUAGCUUCAGGGUUGGGAGUGAACUAGACAAGGCAAACACCUGCCCUUUCAGGAGCUCCAGCAGUGCUAAAGGAGGCAGUGCCAGCGGCAGCACCCUAGCAUCUCAUCCAACUGAAGACUCACUCAAAGGCGGCGGCGGGGCUUCUCGCUCCGGCAGCGGCAGCGACAGUGGUGGCGGCUUCCGGAGUCCCGCCGCGAAGAUGCUCAAAGUCACGGUGCCCUCGUGCUCCUCCUCGUCCUGCUCUUCGGUCACCGCCAGUGUGGCCCCAGGAGCCGGGAGCCUCGUCCCGGAUUACUGGAUCGAAGGUUCCAACAGGGAUGCGUUGAGCGAUUUCUUCGAGGUGGAGUCGGAGCUGGGACGGGGUGCUACAUCCAUUGUGUACAGAUGCAAACAGAAGGGGACCCAGAAGCCUUAUGCUCUCAAAGUGUUAAAGAAAACAGUGGACAAAAAAAUCGUAAGAACUGAGAUAGGAGUUCUUCUUCGCCUCUCACAUCCAAACAUUAUAAAACUUAAAGAGAUAUUUGAAACCCCUACAGAAAUCAGUCUGGUCCUAGAACUCGUCACAGGAGGAGAACUGUUUGACAGGAUUGUGGAAAAGGGAUAUUAUAGUGAACGAGAUGCUGCAGAUGCUGUUAAACAAAUCCUGGAGGCAGUUGCUUACCUACAUGAAAAUGGGAUUGUCCAUCGUGAUCUCAAACCAGAGAAUCUUCUCUAUGCAACUCCAGCCCCAGAUGCACCCCUCAAAAUUGCUGAUUUUGGACUCUCUAAAAUUGUGGAACAUCAAGUGCUCAUGAAGACAGUGUGUGGAACCCCAGGGUACUGCGCACCUGAAAUCCUUAGAGGCUGUGCCUAUGGACCUGAGGUGGACAUGUGGUCUGUGGGAAUAAUCACCUACAUCUUACUUUGUGGAUUUGAACCAUUCUAUGAUGAAAGAGGUGAUCAGUUCAUGUUCAGGAGAAUUCUGAAUUGUGAAUACUACUUUAUCUCCCCCUGGUGGGAUGAAGUAUCUCUAAAUGCCAAGGACUUGGUUAGAAAAUUAAUUGUUUUGGAUCCUAAGAAACGGCUGACUACUUUCCAAGCUCUCCAACACCCAUGGGUCACAGGCAAAGCAGCUAAUUUUGUACACAUGGAUACUGCUCAAAAGAAGCUCCAAGAAUUCAAUGCCCGACGCAAGCUUAAGGCAGCAGUGAAGGCCGUGGUGGCCUCUUCCCGUCUGGGAAGCGCCAGCAGCAGCCACAGCAGCAUCCAAGAGAGCCAGAAGGCCGGCCAGGCACCUUCUUCGAUUCAGGAUGGCAGUGAAGAUGUUAAAGCUAUCUCAGAAGGAGAGGAAGUUCAAGGAAGUGGGGCCCCAGUGGCAGUUGAGCGGGCAGAGGCUGAGCUGAUGAAGGUACAGGCCGUAGAAGAAGUUAAAGAUGCUGAUAUAAGUGCUGCCAAGGCCACCAGUGCGGUGCCCAAAGCACUAGAAGAUGGGACAAAGGUGGCUGACCCGGAAAUCGAGGAGGGCCUAGCAGAGGAGAAGCUGAAGACCUCGGAGGAAGCAGCAGCCUCCAAACAAGAGCAAGAAAACCUGGCUGUGGUAUUUGGAGCUCAGCAGAAUGAUGUGAUCCUGCCAGAGUACUGAUUUGGCUUCUUUCCAGUCGGGAGGCCAAAUGCGGGCACUUUGUAUGUUUUGUCCUUCAGCAAGGAAGAUGUGGAAGCAUGAUCUGCAUUAUAGUGAUUCUGUUUUUUGAGGUGCAAAAAAAAAAUACAUAUAUAUCAGUUGGUAAUCCUAA